AGAAUGUUGAGUUCAAUCAAUUCAGAACGUCGAGAUGGAGCCCAACUCAGUCCAGUGGGUCGGCUCUCCGUGUGGCUUGCACGGUCCUUACAUUUUCUACAAGGCUUUUCAGUUCCACCUUGAAGGCAGACCAAGAAUUUUGUCCCUUGGCGACUUUUUCUUUGUAAGAUGUAAGCCAGAGGAUCCGAUUUGCAUAGCGGAGCUCCAGCUGUUGUGGGAAGAGAGGACUAGCCGGCAACUUUUAUCCAGCUCCAAACUUUAUUUCCUCCCAGAAGAUACUCCCCAGGGCAGAAAUAGUGACCAUGGCGAGGAUGAAGUUAUUGCUGUUUCAGAGAAGGUGACUGUGAAGCUUGAAGACUUGGCAAAAUGGGCACAUUCCGAUUUCUCCAAGUGGAAGUGUGGUCUCCGGGCUGACCCCGUCACACCCAUGGAACUGGGCAAGAAUGGACAGAAGGAAGCCCUGAUGAGAUAUAGGCAAUCCACACUCAACUGUGGCCUGAACUUCAAAGACAUUCUAAAGGAAAAGGCUGAUCUUGGCGAAGAUGAUGAAGAUUCAAAUCUGCUAAUCCUUAGUUAUCCACAGUACUGUCGAUAUCGUUCCAUGCUAAAGCGUGUCCAAGACAAACCAUCUUCCAUACUAACGGACCAGUUUGUUUUAGCCCUUGGUGGCAUUGCAGUAACCACCAAGAAUCCUCAAAUCCUUUACUGUCGGGAUACAUUCGAUCAUCCAACUCUUAUAGAAAAUGAAAGCGUAUGUGAUGAGUUUGCACCAAAUCUUAAAGGCAGACCCCGCAAAAAGAAGCCAUGCCCACAGAGAAGAGAUUCAAUAAAUGGUCUAAAAGAUUCCAACAAUAAUUCUGAAAACAAAGCUGUCGCCAAGGUAAAAUGUGAAGCAAAGUCAGCUUUGCCCAAACUCAAAAGUAACAACAGCUACUGUAAGAAAGUCUCAAGUGAAGAAAAAUCAAAGGUUGCUGUAGGUGAAGAGUGCCGAGCCGAUGAGCAAGCUUUCCUUGUGGCUCUUUAUAAAUACAUGAAAGAAAGGAGAACACCCAUUGAGCGAAUACCCUAUUUAGGUUUUAAGCAAAUUAACCUUUGGACUAUGUUUCAAGCUGCUCAAAAACUGGGAGGAUAUGAAACAAUAACAGCCCGUCGACAAUGGAAACAUAUUUAUGAUGAAUUAGGUGGUAACCCUGGAAGCACAAGUGCUGCUACAUGUACUCGCAGACAUUAUGAAAGAUUAAUCCUGCCAUAUGAAAGAUUUAUUAAAGGAGAGGAAGAUAAGCCAUUGCCUCCAGUGAAACCUCGAAAACAGGAUAACAGCUCCCAGGAGAGCGAACCUAAAACAAAAGUGUCUGGAACAAAACGCAUCAAAAAUGAAAACCAAAAGAGCAAGAAAGAAAAAGAUAAUGCACAGAAACCCCCAAAUGCAUCUGAGGUUUCAUCGGAACAAGAGAAGGAUCAAGACUCUUCGGAUCAGAAAAGUUUAUCUGAGCAUCCUGCAACAGAAGAGAUGAAAAAGCCUAUCGAAGGGGCCCAGCCUCCUCCGCUACCAGAGGCAACAGAGCCAAUAGCUCUGAAGAAGACAGGCUUGAUGGAAAGCAGCUCAACCAGUGAAAAGCUCCAGGAGGAAGUUAAGCACUCAGUCCCUCUUUCAGAUGCUUCAGGGCCUCCUGAAGAGGACACUAUGAUGGAGCCAGCCACCAACAAACCCUUGCACACCCCAACAGAGGUCCUCGCUGACACAAAGCAAGAACAAAGAGGAUGCCAUUUUACAGACUGUUUAGAAAGUGAAGCUCAAGAACUGCCUUUUCAUGGUUUUUCUGCCAUCCCUGUACCGUUCCCAAGUCACAAGGAUAUGGAAGAGGAUAAAUUGCCAGAGAUGGCCGAUUAUAUUGCAAACUGCACAGUAAAAGUGGAUCAGCUAGGAAAUGAAGACAUACACAAUGCACUAAAGCAAACGCCCAAAGUUCUGGUGGUACCGAAUUUUGACAUGUUCAAAGAAAAGGAGCUGCCAGGUUCCAUUAACGAUGACCCUAGUUUUAGUUACACACCCUUAAUCUAUUCAAAGGGUAAUCCAGGCAUCAUGUCACCACUGGCCAAGAAAAAACUUCUGUCGCAGGUCAGUGGGGCAUCCCUGUCCUGUAGUUACCCUUAUGGGUCACCUCCACCUCUGAUUAGCAAAAAGAAAUUAAACAGCAGAGAUGAACUGUCUGCAGGCACAUCACAGACUCACAGUGUCCCCAGUUCUGAUUCAGUGGCAGUUAAUAGACCUUCUGUAAUACAACAUGUGCAGAGUUUUAAAACCAAGAAGUCAGAGGAAAGGAAAUCUAUUAAUGAAGCCCUUAAGCCUGACACGUUAAGUAAGCCAGAUGCCCAUCGUUGUGAUUUUUCAAAACAUCACCUCAACUCGCUUGCUGAAUCUUAUGUACUAAAGCCAGAUAUUCAGGACUGCAAAGAUAAAAUGAAUGAGAAAAGGGCAUUGCAACACUCCCGUGUGCCCAGUUUCUUGGCAGACUUUUACUCAUCUCCUCAUCUGCACAGCCUUUAUCGGCACACCGAACACCACCUUCAUAAUGAGCAGACGUCAAAGUACCUCCCUCGAGACAUGUUCAGAGAUUCAGAAAACAUUUCUACUUUUACUCAACACAAACACCAGGAAAAACUUAAUCUAAAUUAUCAUCCAUCUUUGCAUCAGCAAGAAAAAAAGGCUGCAGUGGAAGCCUCUUCAGAUGAUCAGCCAACGGAUCUGAGUCUUCCGAAGAGUGUACACAAACAGACUGCAAAGAUUGCAGGGACCAGUCUCCCACAUUCAUCAAUGUUGCCGCAGGAAAGCAAAAGUAUUUCUCAGUUCCAAGCAUCAGGCGGCCAGGGGGUGAGCCUAGACUGUAAUCCUAAAGCUUGCCGUGUUUCUCCGAUGACCAUGUCAGCACCUAAAAAACAUGGUGAAUCCCUUCACAGGGCCGGAAAACAACCGACUCAGAGACUUGAGAAUUUAAGAAAGAUGGAAGGAAUGGUCCAUCCAAUUAUAAGCCGCAAAAGCAGCCCCCAAAACAUUGGGGCAGCUCGGCCUUUGAAACGGAACCUAGAGGAUUUGGACAAAGUCAUUUCUGAAAAAAAGAUCCGAGCUGUCUCUCCUCUGCACUUACCAAAGGAGGUACCUGCGAAGGAAAAGGUUCCCGAUCGAGAGGGUGAAGGCAGCAAAUCAGUUCAUGGUCUGCAUUCUGGCAACAUGUUGGAAAACCAUAAAUUUCCUCUCUCGACUCCUAUUUUCACAGGCCUGUACCCAGGAACACUGUGUGCAGGGUUGAACAAUCGCAUCCCAGCUGGAUACUCUCAUCCUUUGCAGUACUUGAAAAAUCAGACUGUGCUCUCUCCACUAAUGCAGCCUUUGGCUCUUCAUUCCUUCAUGGUGCAAAGACAAUUUCUUACCUCCCCUGCAAAUUCUCAGCAGCUCUAUAGACACUUAGCUGCAGCAACACCUGUAGGAAGUUCAUAUGGUGACCUUUUGCACAACAGCAUUUAUCCUUUAGCUGCUAUUAAUCCUCAAGCUGCCUUUCCUCCUUCCCAGCUGUCCUCUGUACAUCCUAGCACAAAACUGUAAACCCUUUUUAAAAAGUAUCUGAGAAAAUAAUGCUACAUUCCUUUCCCUGUGAUAAUGUCUUGCAAAAUUAGAAAUCAAUAUUUUUUUGUUAACCAGUAAGUAGUCUCAUCCCAUGUAGCUGAAUGCUUCAAAUCUGAUUGAGACAAGACUAUUUUCUAGUUUGUAAUUCCAGCUCACACACCUGCUCUCCAAAUCAUUUCAUUCUGCACAUUACUUUUUUGAUAGAUCUUACAUACGUUGAAAGCAAAGGUCAGCGCAAGCCAAUGGAAGUUUAGGGACAGAGCUUAAUCUCUUUGAAGCCAGUGGCAAAACUUGCAUUUGUUUUCAGGGAAUGUAGGAUCAAGGCCCUUAGAUUAUUUAACUGAGUCAAGGACUCCAGACAAAUCUGGAAAAAAAAGAAGGAGGCAAUUGCGCUUUUUGGGAGGAACUUUUCCUGACUUUCAAAGAUUCAAUCAAUGCAAUGUAUAGUAAAACUGCAAUAGAUUUUUCAUUUUAACACUAUUAGAACAAAAAGGUAAACACUGUUUAAUUUGACUGUACAUAUCUGCUUUGAAAACUAUCAGUGUCACAUUUGAUAACAUAAUUUAUAUAGUUUCAUUGGUUCAGUAUAACCUGUGCUCUUUAUUUUUUUAAAUUAAACGGUAUCAUUUUAUCUGCAACUUAUUUUAAAGGCUGUGGCUCUCCUAUUUUUUUUUUAUGUGUGUGUGUCUGUAAUUUUUCCAGUGCUAAUACUUUUGAACAACUUUUUUUUGGUGGUAAUAUUAUUGUUUACAAACUGAAGCAACUGGUUCAGGCUAUAAACAUACUGUAGAUUAUACAACAGUGCAAUUGAUGCAUACAACCUUUUUAUUGAUGAGCUAUUCCUGAGAGGUGCUGAGCACCUGCCGCUCCUACUGGUGUUGUCGCAAAGGCUCAUACACUGCUUUCCUGGCCACGGAAGCUUUUGGUCUGUGAAUGUGUUAACAAUUGUACUUACCUUACCUAGGCUGUGAAACCCUCCCGCAUACCAGAGAAAUAAAAAACAAAACCUCACUGGCAACAAACUGCUGAAUAACAUUGGAGUGCAGAAGGCAGAUUUGUGGGUUGUAAGAAUAUGUCAAGAAUGUCAAAAAUUAGAACAGGAGCCAAUCUUUAUUUUUUAAUCAAAAGGUUUGAAGAGGCCUGUGCCUCCAAACAGGGAUGAUCUGCGGAGGGGUUGGGGGUGGAAAGAGGUGCCUCCUCCCACAAAGAAGAUUGCCACUAACUAGUGGCCCGAGGUUCAGUCGUCUGAAUAGUGGCUUAGGAGUGAUGCUCAGUUACCUAGCACCUUCUGACUAGUUAACAUCAAGUGAAACUCAGUGCACAGACUAUGCAUCAGGUAAACCCCAUUCAGAGAGCUACCUUCUCAACUGGCUCAAAUUCACAGAGUCCCACCGAAGUCAAAGGGGCUGUGUUGAUUAGUAUAGGUAGAAAUCUAUCCUACUGGGCUUACAUGAGACAUAAGGCCUAAGCACCUUUUGUGAUAGUCCUCUGCAUGUAUGCUGAAUAAUGCAGCCCAGUCACUGGGAGCAAAAGCCCAUGAGUGAAGUUUUGAGUUUAUAAUAAUGAAAAACGGUCAUACGAAUGUGGUCAGCUGAGAGCCAUCACCGCCCUGCAGCUAAAUAUAGAAACUGAGAUCAGAGAAGUUGAACUUGGAAGUAUUUGACAAUGUGAAAAUUGGUUAUUAUUUAUACCGUCUCAGUUAUUAUUCAUAUACAGAGUUAUCAAAACUGUUAAAAAUGGAAACACCUUGUACACCAUGCAUCUUAUUAGAACUUCCCAGGAUAUGACACCAAAUGCAACAUAUAAUGGAACAAAUUUAAUGUCCUGGAAACCAGAAUUACGUAGUCCUCUAGCGUUAAAGAUCCUCUUUCUUCAGUUAAAUACUUUAUAUUUCUGUGGUAAAACAAGAUUUAAUUGAUCAGCAAGACCAGCAGAAUCUAGAACAUAAAUGUGCCAAUGAAGUUUAUCUGCUAUUCCACAUAUUGUACAGAAAACAAAAUCAUAUGCUUAUUUGGUCACAGACCAUAGCAUCGAUGGCAUCUCUAGUGAAGUUGCAUGAGACCUAAAUCAUGUAAGAAUAUGGGGUUGGGGGGGGGGGAAUGUAUAAACAUACAGCAAACACAAAUAUGCAUGUGCCUGCCAUUUAAUCAGAAAACUGAACAUUUAUAGUGUUUAUGAUGAUCUGUAUUCAUGCAUUUCUUUACUACAAGUCUCUUAUUUCACUUUUGAUGACAUCAUCUUGGAACUUGAUCACAGCAUUUAAAAACAAUGUUAACACAGAGGGGGGGAGGGGCAUUUUUCCUUCAUUUAUUCCAUGAGGAGACUCACUGUUUCUGUCUGAGGAAGCUCAUAAUAUACUGGGGAAAACAUUAGGACAAAUAAAAAGAGAUGGUAGCAUAACCCCCCAACAGAAGAAGCACAUUAGUUGUUUAAAAACUCUUACCAGAAAUCUGGGAAAUCUUUCAGAAAGACCAUUGAAUUCUCCAUUGGCUGAGAAUUACUUUUUUAAAAUGUCUUAAAUGGGGCUUUGUUUGCAUUUGUUUGAGUUCAAGGGGACUUAUUAUUGAAUGAAAUUGCACAAGCCUUUCUUUGUGCAAUCAAACCAUUGUUAUUGGGAGGGUUGUAAAGGAAACUGUGGAAUCUAAUUGGCAAUAGAGUCAUAAAUAUAUUUACGAAGAAUCAGUUCCAAGAAAUGUUGCAAUUCAAAUGCAUCAUGUUCAAGAUUUAUCAGAGAUUCUGAAGGUUGUGAGAUUCAAUUAAAUAUAAAAGCCCAACCAAAACAAUAUUGGUGUAACUUCAAAGUACAGACUAAGUUUGACUUUAGGAAACAGAAAUUGAAAACAGAACCUGACUUUUGCAACAAAAUGUAUUUCUAAGAAGGAUCAAUUUGUAAUGAUUGCAUUUUGCAGUAGAUCUGUCUUAUUUAUUUUGUCACUGGAUAAGAUCAGUUCCCAUUUAUAUUAGGGCAUAUUUACUUUACAACUUGUUUGAAUUGGCGCGUGAUUCCUUAAAUAGUGUACCCUUCUACACUUAUGUGUCUAAUGGAAGUUUCUAUAAGGUCAGUAACACAUUUUGUGUAGGUUUUUUUUUUCAAAGAGAAAGGUUAAUUUUUUUAAUUCAUUGUUCCACAUAGUCACUUUUUUUUGUGGCGGUGGUCAAUCAGGUCACAGCUGGUCUACUUUUACAAUUGUCAUGAUUUUAAUGCAAAAUGGGAAUUACCUCACUCAUGUGAGGCCAGCAACAUAGGAAAUAUUAUGAGCACUUACUAGGUGUUUGAUGUAAAUGUGUUUGAUAUUUCAUUUGUUCUCCUCCCCCCAGUUUUAAAUCUGUUCUAAUAAUGGCAGCAUAAUCUACUAGCUGUUUAUACUUUUUAAACUUUCAUUUGUUGUAUAUAUUGUAUACUUUUUGUGAUUCAAGUUAUGUAGCCUAUAUGCGCUGUAAGGUGAUUAUCUGUAUAUAGCAAAAUGGCCCAGUAAUAUUAUAUAGUAUUCCACUUAAAAGGUUAUUGAGUAACCUUUGUAUUAGUUUAAACACUACCAGAAAUAAAGCUGAGCCAACUAUAAACACUCAAUUUUUGUAUGUUUUCCAAAUUGUACUUAUUAAUGCUUUUGAUACUGUAUUAUGUGCCAAUAGUUUCCCAAUCGCAUAGGAGGCAAAAGAUAUUUUGUACUUUUUGAUCCACUGUAAUUAUUUAAUAAAAAAUGCUACUAUCUGU